AUGGCAUAUUUGGCUGAUACGUAUAAGGAGAUAGAGAUUCUUCGAAAGGAAGUAGAGUUCCAAAAGAGAUUAACUGAGCACUGGGAAGGGCGAUGGAAACAGGAGUAUUCAGAGAAAAAUGAGCUAUUGCACAAGAACAUGGAGCUGAAAAAGAAAUACGAAGGGAUUUUGGAAGAGGUACGAAGUAAGUUUGAGUUAGUACCUUCAUCUAGUCAAAUGGCCUCUCAGGACAUUCCUAGUAAUAAAGAUGAAAGAGGUGAAGGAAGUGUUCGCGACCACAAAGGAAAACGUAAAGAGAUGGAUGGAAAUGGAGUUGCUAUGAGGGAUAAGGGGAGGAAGAAGAAAAAGAACGGACACUUCAAGAAGAAAUGUGUGGCUCCUAAGUGUGAAACGUGCUAUCACUUGAGUUCGAGCGAAUCAGGAAAUGGCAUAUUUGGGACUGAUACGUAUAAGGAGAUAGAGAUCCUUCGAAAGGAAGUAGAGUUCCAAAAGAGAUUAACUGAGGCAUCUCGGGGAAGGGCGAUGGGGAAACAGGAGUAUUCAGAGAAAAAUGAGCUAUUGCACAAGAACAUGGAGCUGAAAAAGAAAUACGAAGGGAUUUUGGAAGAGGUACGAAGUAAGUUUGAGUUAGUACCUUCAUCUAGUCAAAUGGCCUCUCAGGACAUUCCUAGUAAUAAAGAUGAAAGAGGUGAAGGAAGUGUUCGCGACCACAAAGGAAAACGUAAAGAGAUGGAUGGAAAUGGAGUUGCUAUGAGGGAUAAGGGGAGGAAGAAGAAAAAGAACGGACACUUCAAGAAGAAAUGUGUGGCUCCUAAGUGUGAAACGUGUAACAAAAGUCAUACAGGAAUAUGUUAUGUGAAAAUUGGUGCAUGCUUUAGAUGCGGCCAACUGGGACACCAAGUGAGGAACUGCCCAGAACAAAUGAAUUUUGGGAUGGUGAAGCUGUUGUAA